AUGGGAAAAAAGCUUCCCCUGUUUAGUGAAGAUGGCAGUGUACAACCCAAAGUAGUUAGGGUGCAGGAGGAUGUCAUGUUGCCUCCUCGAACUGAAGUCAUUGUGCCUGGUAAGGUGGAAGGACUGCUGCCACAACAUUAUGAGGAUCCUAAAAAGCCCUUUAUUUUAGACACUGAUGCUAGUGAUGUGGGGAUUGGGGCUGUAUUGUCUCAAGAAGAAGGGGGCUUGGAGCGGGUGGUGGCUUACGCUAGUAGAGCUUUGACUAAACAGGAACGGAAGUAUGCCACCACAAAGAAGGAGCUCCUGAGCGUAGUGACCUUUACCAAGGUGUCCCGCCCAUAUGAGCGGGUGGCAUUAGACAUACUGGGCCCACUGCCAGAAACCCCAAAUAAAAAUAGGUACAUUUUAGUUGUUGGUGAUUAUUUUUCAAAAUGGACUGAAGCAUUUCCUCUUCCCAAUCAAGAAGCUCAGUCUAUUGCUAAAGUGUUGGUGGAGGAGUGGGUGUGCCGGUAUGGGGUUCCUAGGAGUGUGCAUUCUGACCAAGGCAGAAAUUUUGAGUCUAGCCUGUUUAAGGAACUGUGCAGAUUGUUGCAAAUAAACAAGUCGCGUACUUCUCCUUAUCACCCCCAGUCUGACGGGCUAAUAGAGCGGUUUAAUCGUACACUACUAUCGAUGCUCUCAUUAUUUGUGGAUGAUAAUCAGAUGAAUUGGGAUAGGUUGUUGCCAUAUGUUAUGAUGGCUUAUCGUAGUAGCAUACAGGCAAGCACUGGAUUUACACCAUAUAAGGUGUUGUUUGGGCGGGAAAUGGUCCUUCCAGUUGAUAUUAUGUUGGGGGUAGAUAAUGUGCAGACAUUUCAAUCUGUAAAUGAAUAUGUGACUGGAGUAGCUGAGAGCUUAUCGACAGUAGUAGAAGCCGUAAAAAGGCAUCAGGAUCUGGCUUCAAAUCGGCAGAAGACACAUGCUGAUUUUCGAGCGAAUUUCCACUACUAUGUAGUAGGGGAGUUAGUUUGGAUUCAAAAUAAAACUCGGAAACGUGGUGUGUCCCCUAAGUUGCAGAGGCGCUUUAAGGGGCCAUUUAAAAUCUUAGAAAGGGUCUCUGAUGUGUUGUAUAGAGUUCAGCUAGUAGAAGGGGGUUCUGAGAGUGUUGUGCAUUUCAAUCGAAUGAAGCCUUAUGUUGCUUGUUCUGUUUCAGAGUCUUGGCCAGCCUGCCCUAUAAUUACUACUGAAUGUCAGCCUGCUGAGCAACACUCCCAGGCCCAAAGUCCUGCUGUUUCGGAGGCAGUCAAGGUCAGGGAGAGAGCCGAGCGACACUCCAAGGCCCAAAGUCCUGCUGUUCCAGAGGUGGUCAAGAUCAGGGAGAGGGCUGCUGUAUCCAGCGUGGAGGAAAGAAAUUCCAUACUAGAGUCUGCUGUGGAAGGGGGACUCUCCGGCAGAAACUUGUGUUCUCUUCCUGUGGACACAGGUUCUGGUGAGCUGCAGCUGGAGAAUGGGGAUCAGAGGAUAGAAGUUGGAGACAUCUUGGAGUCAUGUCCACAAAGGAGUCGGCCAGUUCGUUCUCGGAAACCACCAGCUUGGUCUAAGGACUAUAAUUUGAUGUGA